UGUGGCGGAUGCACAAUAUUUGCGGGGAAAUAAAUAAUAAUUUGCGACAGCAAUGCCGUAGUCACUCAUUGCUUUAAGAUGGGGUAACAAAUAAAAACAAACACUUAUAUCUGCUAGAUUUUUACACACAAUAAUCUUCAGGUAUCUCAACGAACGAAAAAGUAAUUGCUAUAGUGCUGUCUGAAUUGCAUGUAGCUACCUAAUGCUCACUCGUGCAAUAGAAAAGAGAGGAAAUUUAUUCGACGCGGUGAUGAAGAGUAGCAAAUAGCAUCCAGACACAAAAGAUUCCUUAAAGGCUAUUGGGCCUGCAACUAAAUCCCCUUUCCGUGUUUUUGUAGUUCUUAGAAAAAAGCAAAAAAUACAGUUGGUGCUAAUAAAGCACCCAAAGGAGAUAAGUGUACUGGUGUAUAUUUUGGACGUGAUGCAGUGUGAUUCUAACCCGUGUGACGUCAUCAAAUAGUGUUCUCAUAAUAUAGUGUGCCAAUAUUACGCAGACCAAGUGAACUGACACUGGAUCCCAAACACCAAAGAUGAAGACCACUGGAGCGGCCUUCCAACUCGCUGCAGCGUUUCUGCUGGGCGUGAUUUCACCGGUAUCUGUCUCAGCUCAAGGUCGAGUGGUGCAGGUGCGGUCCGUGGUGAAUGGUACGGCCAGGUUGCCGUGUGACCUGACGCCGCCUUCACACAAUGACUCCGUGAUACUCGUCAUCUGGUUCAAGAAUGAGAAGACCGCCAUCUACAGCUUCGACGCGCGGCAGCGGCUGUCGGCGCCGGUGGAGUCGCACUGGAAGCACCCUCAGCUGGUGGCGGACCGCGGCCUCUUCAGCACCCUGGAGUCUCCAGCCGAGCUGACCCUCAGCCGCCUCCAGGAGAGCGACGAGGCCGUCUACCGCUGCCGCGUCGACUUCCGCCUCUCCGCCUCCAGGAACUCCAGGGUCCGCCUCACAGUCGUUGUUCCUCCACAACGGCCAGAGAUCUUUGACGAGCGUGGCGUGAAGCUGGGAGCUGUGGCUGGACCGUACGAGGAGGGAGGCAACGCUCGGCUCACGUGCAUCGUUUCUGGAGUGGAGGGCGGCGGCAUUUCGCCAGUGUCGGCGGCGCGGCCGCCGGCAGGUUGUCGCGUUUUCCGGCAGGCUGGCCACACCCGAGCCUGCCCGCGGCGGGCGACCGGAGGUGGCCCUCCGCCCCCAACCACCCCCACGGUGCAUAUCGACCGCCAGCCGGGGGCAGGGGGAGGGGGCAGGACGUGA